AUGGAAGUUAAACUCAUUUCCAAAGAAAUUAUUAAACCAUCUUCAUCAACACCUCCUCACCUACAAACCUUGAGACUGUGUGUCCUAGACCAAAAUGGUGGCCUAGCUCAUGUGCCAAUCAUCUUAUACUAUCCCAAGAGGCAUGCAAAUUUCAACAUCAAUGAGAAACUGAUUAAUCAACUCAAAGACUCGCUCUCGGAAACACUGACUCUCUUCUACCCUCUUGCCGGAAGAGUCAAAGACGACGGCCUCUCCAUCGACUGCAACGAUGAGGGCAUCUUGUUCUCAACGACCCGUGUCAACUGUGACAUGGCCGAGCUGCUUACUGCACAACCACCCGAUCUUCUUUCUUUACCGCGACUUCUUCCAUAUUAUGUUUUCGUUGAUCCACGCGAUAAGGUAGUUCAAGUUGCUAUUCAACUCAACAUAUUUGCUUGUGGUGGGUUUGUGAUCUCAGGACUCUUUAUGCACAAGAUCAUAGAUGGAGCAACCUUGGGUACCUUCCUUAAAUGUUGGGCCUCCAAUUCCAUUGCAAGAUCAGGAAUAUCAAGAAGCAGCCAUAGUCUUACACCAACAACAUCAGCAUCAUCAUCGACAGUAGCAACAUCAGAAGCAAUAUUAAUGUACCCAGGGGCGUCAAUCUUCUCUUCGAAACAACCUUUGCCUGAUAGUCUCUCAACUUUUUCUGAACGGAUGUUGCUUAGGGAGGGAAAGGGUAUCAUGCAGAGAUUUGUGUUCGACUCUGAGGCUAUAUCCACUCUCAAAGCUAAAGCGACUAGUGGAAGGGUGCCUAACCCAACUCGUGUCGAAGUAAUAUCAGCCUUCAUUUGGAAACAUGCUGAAAUAAUAAUUGAAGAAAGUGUGAGAAGAUAG